CUCCGCGGGCUGGGAGCGCGGGCCGGGCUGGCCGGCAGUCGCCGCCCGGGCUGCGGUGGAGGACAGCCACGGCGCCGGAGGAUCCUCGCGCUGCGCCGGCCGCCGGUCCCCGCGGUGGAACUUUUUACCGCCUUUGGGUUCCAGAUUCGAGACUUGGGCUGUUUAUAAAUAUAUCUAUACAUAUGUGUGAGCUAAUAAAACAUUUUCUCCUCUCCUUGAAGCAGCAGCUUUUUAUGACAUCUCCUUUAUGUCAGACACUUGCCUGGCUUCUCCGGGUUAUAAACUUUUGAUGCCAGACCUCUGCAGAACGUGCCCAACUGAAUCUUAAAGUAGCAUCUUGAAGAGAGAGGCAGAACAAGAGCAAUCUGUGACCUUCAUCCCUGCACCUUCCUUCUUCCUCUCCCUUCCAGGCUGCCUCCCUCCUCUCCAGGGGAGCGUCAAGAAAGCUCUUUUUGGAUGCAGGAGGGGCAUCUGGUUCUGCCAGGUUGGAAAGCUGAGGCAGGAUUUGAGGAAGAAUCAUUAGACUCCGGAGAGCCUGGACUCGUUUCUUCUCCCUCUCUGCUUCUGGCUUACUCCAUCCCUUCCUCUCUCCCCACACCACUUCCUGAGACCCGCUCGUGUGUGGGGCGGGGGACAAGGACCGUGCCGCUGCCCGCGCUCUGGGAAGUUGUGGCUGUCGAGGAUGGGGGUCUGUGGGUACCUGCUCCUGCCCUGGAAGUGCCUCGUGGUCGUGUCGCUCAGGCUGCUGUUCCUUGUACCCACAGGAGUGCCCGUGCGCAGCGGAGAUGCCACCUUCCCCAAAGCUAUGGACAACGUGACGGUACGACAGGGGGAGAGCGCCACCCUCAGGUGUACCAUAGAUGACCGAGUCACGCGGGUAGCCUGGCUAAACCGCAGCACCAUCCUCUACGCUGGGAACGACAAGUGGUCCAUAGACCCUCGUGUAAUCAUCCUGGUCAACAGCCCAACCCAGUAUAGCAUCAUGAUUCAGAACGUGGAUGUGUAUGACGAGGGCCCCUACACCUGCUCUGUGCAGACCGACAACCACCCCAAGACCUCGAGGGUCCACCUCAUCGUGCAAGAUGGUGGCUGUGCGUGUUGCAGAAGGGGUUCUUGAGUGCUGUGUCACCAGGUUCUCUCCGGCGUUGCUGCUGUGCUCAUGUCUCUCUCUUAGCCCCACAAGGAGCCAAGAUCAAGCAACAGAGACUAGUCAAAAUGAUAUCUCCAGGGCCGGCCGAGUGGCGCAUUGGU